CGGCGCCGUUCGCCCUCUUGCCGCCGCGCUCGUUGGUGGGGCUGUCUUUUCGCUCUCGCCCCUUCCUUCCACACCCGCUCGCUCGUCCUCCCGGCCCGCCAUCGUCAUCAUCAUCCAGCACUAUCUCUGCCUCCCAAAGUAAUCUCCCGUCCAGCACAGCCACAGCUCGCCCUCCGCCCUGUUAGCGCAAUGUCCGCCACCACCAAGGAUCCGCGGUACUGCCGAUGGAAUGAAUGCAACAUGUUGUUCGGGUCUCAGAAUGACCUCGUUCGCCAUGUGGUCUCCGCCCACGUCAAAAAUCUCAACCUGUCGCUCACGCGCAAUCAGCGAUGUCUGUGGCACGGCUGCAAAAACACUGCCGUCUUGCCCUAUCACGGACGUUUACUGGAUCACUUGCGUGCACACACGGGUGAAAAGCCAUUCACUUGUCCGGCCAAGGGCUGCGGUGCAAAAUUCUCGAUCCGGUCAAACUGCCUGGCGCAUGGCCGCCGCAUCCACAAUCGUUUCUACAAGCCCAUUGAGGACAUGAUCGUCGCCGACGACGACGAUGGCGAUGUCAAUGAUGCCAACGAUGUCAAUGAUAUCAGUGAUCUCAACGAUAUCGACAACGACAACAACGACAACAACGACAACAACGACAACAACGACAACAACGACAACAACGACAGCAGCAACGGCGACCAUCGCGACGACGAGCUCGACAGCGAUGGACCCGAUGCCGUGCAAGAUGAAGCCGAUGCUGAGCGAGCGGGCCCCGCAACCUCUGCUGUCGUCGCCGCCUCCAGCAGACCGACGAGGGAGCAGCGGCCUCGGCCCUCUCCUCCUCCUCCUCCUCCUCCUCCUCCUCCUCCCAAGCCCUCUGGAAAGCGAAAGCGGGGCCAGCCCGCCGCCACCGCUACUGCUCCCGAGGUGCCCUUCAAGCUCAAAGAGGCCGUCGUCUCCAGAUUCAUCGACCGGCAAACCUUCUACCGCGGCGAACUCGACCGGAUAGCGAAUCUCGAACCAAACCUUUUCUGGAGUCCGCCGCCCUCGCUGGCUUCCACACCGCUCCCUUCGCCGAUCUUGCUGCCCAACUCGCUCCUGUCCGUGCCGCUGCCGAGGACCCAGACGCCGCCCCCCAGCACCCUGGGCUCGUCCAGGUCAUCGGCGAGCGAGUCCUCGGCCACAGCCAGCCCCAACACUGCCUUUGAUGCGACCCUGGAGCUGCGAGCCAAGGCUUUCCACCUGCAAGAGGAGCUGAGGCACCUCUGCACCCGAGCACAGGCCGCCUUUACCCGCUACCAGACCGAGCUCGAGAAGCAGCAGGCCCUCCAGGAGCAGCAGGAGCCCAGCACCAAGCGACGGAAGGGUCCCGGGCGGGGCUGGCGUGGGCAAAAGCAUCUACAACAACAACAGCAGCAGCAGCAGCAGCAGCAGCAGCAGCAGCAGCAGCAGCGAUUCCCAACCCCGUCGUCCCCGCAGAGCCAUCGGUUACGGGUCGGCGAGGACGACGAUAAGAGCAUCGCCGACGAGGCCGAUUCAACUUGUUUCAGCUCCAAAGAGGACUCGAACGGAGACGAGAACCACAACACCGGUGCUCCGGCCAGAUCUCUGUCCCCAGCGAGCUCUGGCGAGGGCGAGCGAAUCCACCGCCGGCGCAACUCGCAGCCCCGCGCAAGCAAGAUUGCAACAGAUGGUCAUGGCAAGGACUACGGCGGCCCCAGCGACCGCGACUCCGAGGGCAACCUCGUCCACACAUCGUCCGCCCGCUCGUCUCGGUUACAGGCCCGGUAGCGGAGCGUCAAAUGGCUGUCGGAAGAGUCUGAGGGGAUACCUCGACCCAUGCGUCCAAGGCAGCAGCAUCCCGCCGCACGGCCCCAGCGACUCUGUGCACUAUGAUCGACGGAUCGCUUUCUCCCCCUCCCCUGUGGCUGCCGUGGCUGCAGCCUCGAAGCAGACUGCUGGAGACAGCUUCAGGCCGCUGCCCACGCCCGCUCCCACCUGUACACUUUAUUCAGAAAAAAACGGGACAACAUAGCCGUUUCCAUGAACAGUAGUAUGUGCUGUGCUCGCGUCAAGCAAAGCCACAAGA